GUCCAAGGAAAAGGGGCCUAUCCAGUAAGGAGCCUGAGCUCACUCCUCUGCCACCUGCCUCUCUCAGGGAAAUUCUUGGAGUCUGUGCAAUUCUAAGGAUACAGCAGGUCAUCUAGAGCCUACCAGACUGAAGGAAAGAGAGAAGGGGAAUCGGAUGGCCAGAUGGGACAUGACCAGCAUGCUGGCCCUGCUUGGUCUUUGUAUCCAACUGGCUCCAACUCCAGUUUAGCUCCCCCCACCCAGGCCUGCACAGACCAAUGGUGGUAGGCACUUCUCUCCUCCCUAACUCAGCCCACCCUCCACUACCUGUCCAAACUCUUCCUCCCUAGCUCACUCUUGCUGUCCCCUACACACCUUAGAGUAGCUCCUUGCUUUUCCCUCCUUGAGGCCACCAGGCUUGUUUCCUCACUUUCUUAGGUCUCUGCUUGACUGUCACAGUCAUGAUCAUCCUGGUUACAACUGCAACCCAUCCCCUGACCCUGCCCUAUUUUUUUUUCCUAUUGCACUUACCAUUCUAGCUUCUCUAAGCUUUACUUCUGAUGUUUAUUGUCCUCCCAAGCCCCCAGUAGAAUACAAACUCCAUGAGGACAGAAAUUGUUUUGUUUUCCUGUACUCACUGAUACACACCAAGUGCCUAGCAUAGUCCUAGCAUAUGACAGGGAAUAAAUAACUAUUUAUUGAAUUGAUAAGUGCCCCUUACCACAGAAAGUGGGGUAAGGGAAAGUGGGUGAGAGUGGAGAGAGGAGACAAAGGUCCUUGGGAACCCUCCUGCAGUAGCUCUGACUCAGAUGUCUGCAGCUUCAGUGCAGCCAGCUGUGCCCUGUCCCCUAACACUCUGGAGUCUCUUAUCUCCCCCGCCCCACAAAGGAAGAGAGACGGUGAGUUUGGGGUUGGACAGUUACCAGUGUUGUUUACACCAGGACUUUAUAAUUUAAAUAAAUCUCUGGGGAGAGUCAUGAAAGACACCUCGGAAUGAGGGAGCUAGGCGGGAGAACUUAGGCUGAAGCAAGGGUUAGGUCUAGAAGAACUCUCAAAGUUGGACGGCCUAGAGCUUUAAAAAGAAUGUAUACACUGGUGGUCUGUGGCGCAUGCCUGUCAUCCCAGCUACUGAAGAGGAUGAGGCAAGAAGAUCCCAAGUUCCCUGCCAGCCUGGGCAAUUUGGCUAGACCUUGUCUCAAAGUUUAAGAAAAAAAAGAGGAGGGGAUUGAGGGGUGUAGCUCAGGGGCAGAGCGCUUUCCAGCAUGCUCGGAGCUCUGUGUUUCAUCCCCUGUACCACAAAAGGAAAAAAAUAUAUAUAGUUUCUAUACCGCAACAAGGGCCACUCUACCCCGCAGCGCUCUACCUGCCAGCCUGGGAAGUGCGGGGGUGGGAUAGAGGGAGGAGGAAAGGGGAAUCGCUUUCAGCGGACAACCCUCCCGAACUUCCCGACUUACCACGCCCGCAGGAAGGGUGGAAAGGCGAAGGGGAGAAAAGGUCCAGGGCCUCCAUUCUCUCAGCAGGACCCCCACCCUGGCCUCCGGUGCGGGAAAACCGCCCAGCUGUUUCUGAUUCUUUCCUACUCGCAGCCCCGCCCGAGGGGGUGGAGGACCGAGACACUGGGGGAGAGACUGAGCUCUGCGGAAAACGGGACGUAAGGGCCUGGGAGUCCGCGUCGGGUCCGCAGGUGUGCCUUCUUGGUGUCGGCCAUUGAUUGAUUCCAGGUCCCUAGGCUGGAGAAAGUACCCGGGCAGGGCAGGUGGGUAGGCAUCGUGUCUAAAUGUUGUGGUGAAAGGGGAGAUCAGUGCAGAGGAUCGGAAGAUGUAGGGAAUCAGAGAAUCCCCUACCUGAAACCAGAUGCCCACCGCGCCUCUGUAGGCAGUGUUGAAAAGGGAGUUAAGAUUCUCCUGCAACUCCGGUGGCAGGGUUUCUACCCAUUUCACAGAAGUGCAAGAUGGAGAGGACCCAACGAAAUGAGUGCAUCUUGUGUGCUCAGCUCCAUUGUCGCUGUAGGUGAGGGAACAGGGAGAAGUGUCUGCAACCCCCUUCCAUUGCGUACGCCUUGCCAUCAACUACAGCCGCAGAAAUUGCCGACCGAAGGGCGCUAGGACCCGGUGGCACAGCAUCAGUAGGGACUGGGCGCUACGGGCGCUGAAGGGCGCAGCUGUCCCGGUCGCGUGGCGCCCGAGCAGGUGGGGGCGCAGCGCUGCGACGCGCUGGAGAGCCCAGGGGCGGAGGCGGCCGCCACACCUAGGGUGUCGCGGAGUGCCCGGGUCUGGCGCAGGCGGAGUCGCCUUGAAGGCCGCGCGUGUCCCCGGUCUCGGCCCCGCCCCGCGCCGUCCAAUGAGAGCCCGCGGGCUGGAGGGGCUGUCCGCACUUUCGGCCCCGCAGCUCCACACGGUGCCUCUGAACCUCUGACACCGCACCUCGUGCUCUGGCAACGCGCCCCAAGACUCCGGCUCCGCGCCCGUCGUGGAUUUCCCGACACGGCAACUUACGAUCUUUCCGGGACCCCACGCCCGGCUCUCGGACUCCGCGUGACGGCAGGUCCCCAACCGACUGCGAACCCCAUGGCCACCCAGAGGGGUGAGGUAGGAGCAGCCUGAGUAACCCCAGACUGUGCCCCGUCCACGCCCCUGCGGGCUGUGCGGCGGGUGUCUUCGGGGAGCUAUGCUGAAGCCUGGUGGUGCGGAGGAAGCCGCGCAGCUCGACCCUCGGCGCGCCCGCGCCCGCGCCCUUGCCCCUGCGCCGGUGCCUAGACCCGUCCUCCCCGACGUCUCUCCAGCUUCGGCCCGCUUAGGUCUUGCCUGCCUUCUUCUGCUGCUGCUGACUCUGCCGGCCCGUGUAGACACGUCCUGGUGGUACAUUGGGGCACUAGGGGCCCGAGUGAUCUGUGACAAUAUCCCUGGUUUGGUGAGCCGGCAGCGGCAGCUGUGCCAGCGUUACCCAGAUAUCAUGCGCUCAGUGGGUGAAGGUGCCCGAGAAUGGAUCCGAGAGUGUCAGCACCAGUUCCGCCAUCACCGCUGGAACUGCACCACGCUGGACCGGGACCACACUGUCUUUGGCCGUGUCAUGCUCAGAAGUAGCCGGGAAGCAGCAUUUGUAUAUGCCAUCUCAUCAGCAGGGGUGGUCCACGCUAUCACUCGUGCCUGUAGCCAGGGUGAAUUAAGCGUGUGCAGCUGUGAUCCCUAUACCCGUGGUCGACACCAUGACCAACGUGGGGACUUUGACUGGGGUGGCUGCAGUGACAACAUCCACUAUGGUGUCCGCUUUGCUAAGGCAUUUGUGGAUGCCAAGGAGAAGAGGCUUAAGGACGCCCGGGCCCUCAUGAACUUACAUAAUAACCGCUGUGGUCGCACGGCUGUGCGGCGGUUUCUGAAGCUAGAGUGUAAGUGCCACGGUGUGAGCGGCUCCUGUACUCUGCGCACCUGCUGGCGUGCACUGUCAGACUUCCGCCGCACAGGUGAUUAUCUGCGACGGCGCUAUGAUGGGGCUGUGCAGGUGACGGCCACCCAGGAUGGUGCCAACUUCACAGCAGCCCGCCAAGGCUAUCGCCAUGCCACCCGGACUGAUCUUGUCUACUUUGACAACUCCCCAGAUUACUGUGUCUUGGACAAAGCUGCAGGUUCCCUAGGCACUGCAGGUCGUGUUUGCAGCAAGACAUCUAAAGGAACAGAUGGUUGUGAAAUCAUGUGCUGUGGCCGAGGGUACGACACAACUCGAGUCACCCGUGUCACUCAGUGUGAGUGCAAAUUCCACUGGUGCUGUGCUGUGCGAUGCAAGGAGUGCAGAAACACUGUGGAUGUCCAUACUUGCAAGGCCCCCAAGAAGGCAGAGUGGCUGGACCAGACCUGAACACACAGAUACCUCACCGUCCCUCAACUUCAAGCCUCCCAACUCAAAAGCACAAGAUCCUUGCAUGCACACCUUUCUCCACCCUCAACCCUGGGCUGCUAUAGCUUCUAUUUAAGGACUUGCAGAAUAAUCCAGAAGGACUAUGGUGUCCUGGUUCCUUAGCCCUGGGAAGGAGUUAAUAGGGGAUAUAAGAAACUGAGUGGCUCCCUGAUUUCCCCUUUGGAGGUUUGAAGGGAGAGCAGAAGAAGUAGGGGGUCUUCGGAGUGAUUUGAGUUGCACUAAAGUACCUGGUCAAGGCUCA